CCCUUCUCCACCGUCCCGUUCGCACCAGACCCUGACUUCGUCGACCGGCCCGAUAUUCUAACGUGGAUCUGCGACAAGUGUGCAGGGCCGGGCGCUCGCGCCGCGCUCGUCGGCCUUGGCGGCGUAGGGAAGUCGCAAAUAGCUAUCCGAUACUGCUACGAUAUCCGCGAUACAUCGCCGCAAACGUCCAUCUUCUGGGUAUACGCUAGCACCAAGGCCCGAUUUGAAGAAGCGUACAGAGACAUUGCAGACAGGUUAAAGCUUCCGGGGCGAGAGAAUCCGAAGGCCGAUAUUUUACGGCUAGUCCGUAACUGGCUAUGCGAGGAAACAAACGGCCAAUGGACAAUGAUCCUCGACAACGUCGACGACGUCGAGACCUUCUCGUCGCGCAAGGGCGAGCAAGACAAGCCGUCCGAAAGCCCGCCGGCAUCGCUGGCGGUUUACCUCCCGCAGAGCCCCAACGGAUCGAUCCUGAUCACUUCUAGGAACAAGGAUGCAGCAGCCGGACUAGCAGGAGGCUAUAAGAAUAUCAAGGAGGUGCAGGCAAUGGACGAGGCCCAAGGCCUACAGCUCCUCCGGAACAAGCUACUGCAGGACGCGUUGACCGACGACACAAUUGAUCUGCUGCGUGCUCUCGACUACAUCCCUCUUGCAAUCACCCAGGCCGCUGCAUACAUCAACCGGCAAGCUCGAAUGACGAUCCCUAAGUACCUCGACGAGUUUCGAAGAAACAACAAUAAGAGGGAAAAUCUCCUAAAUUGGGAUACAGACGAUAUCCGUAGGGACGAUAGUACAUCCAACUCGGUGGUAACGACGUGGCAGAUAUCGUUUGAGCGUAUUCGUAAAGAACGGCCUUCUGCUGCAGACUUGUUAUCGCUUAUGAGCUUCUUUAACCCCCAAGGGAUUCCAGAGUCGAUACUUCAUAAGCAUAGUAGGAACGGGGCAGAAUUAAACGGCGAAGGCGAGGCUGACGCCGCCUUCGAAGAAGACUUUGAUACCUUACGGACAUAUUCGCUUAUAGCAGCGACAGCCGAGACCGAUAUCUAUGAGAUGCACGCGCUAGUGCAAUUCUGCACGCAGGUCUGGCUGUCGUCGUUUAGCGAGGCGGGGAUAUGGAAGCAAAGGUUUAUAGGGCUGAUGGCACAGGAGUUUCCAACUGGGCAAUUCGAGAACUGGGGGAGGUGCCAGCAGUUACUUCCGCAUAUCGAAUCCCUAUACGACAAAGAGCCGGCGACUGACGAGUCCUUGAAGGACUGGGCUCAGAUUCUUACAAAUGCUGCAUGGUACAUGUCGAUGAUAGGGGGGUAUAAGAGAGGACAAGACAUAGCAGCAAAGGCGCUUAAGGCUAGAGAAAGGAUAUGUGGACAGGAAGACCAGUUAACACUAAUAAGUGUUACCGUCCUAGCAUCAGUGAUCACAAGCCAGGGGAAGUACUCGGAGGCAGAAAAGCUGAACCGACGAGCGCUAGAAGGGUACGAGAAGGGGCUAGGUGUACAGCACCCAGAUACGCUGACGAGCGUGGACAACCUGGCGGGCGUACUGAAAUAUCAGGGGAAGUACUCGGAGGCGGAGAAGCUGAACCGGCGAGCGCUAGAAGGGAGGGAGAAGGAGCUAGGUCUUGGAAUAGAUCAUCCUGAUACACUAACUUCCGUCUACUGCCUUGCCUAUCUUUUACACAAGCGCAGGCGAUAUAGGGAGGCGUCCGAGCUCUACCAGAGAGCAUCCAAUGGCUACAAGCAGAAGCUCGGUUCCCAGCACCCGAAAACUAUUGCGUGUCUUAAUUAUUUUACAGCUAUGCAACAGGAGGCAGGGGAGGAAAGACAAGGACUGAGCAGGACAUCAGUUGAUAAUGAUAAAGAGGAGCUUAGAGAGAUACCCACCGAUGGUGCUAGUAUUCUGCAUGGCAGUGAGGCUAUGCCUGAGCAAACCAGCAGCUUGAAGAGCAAAAAUGACUCAUUUUACACGCACUUGAAAACGAGGAUGCGUAGAAAAGAUCUAUAGAAUGGAGGUAUGACUGUUCUAUUACUGAUGUAAUUUCCUAAGUAACAUGAUGUACUGUGAAGAAUAAAUCACAUGAUUUGGAUGAGUCUAAGAGAGCGAUCGUUCAGUUGAAAUGGUGGAUUAAUUAUGGAAUUUAGGAAAGCGGGAUUUUUUAUUCCGCACAGAUUUACAAUGCUACCC